AUGGCUGGGAUCCAAUUUAUUUUAGACUGUACAGGUUCAAUGGGUCGAUAUAUUGAACAAAUUAAAAAAGAUAUUGUAAAUCUUCAUGAAAAUCUAAAAAUAAAAUAUUCUAAUCUUGAUAUGUCAUUUGGUUUUAUUAGAUAUACCGAUUUUGACCUUGGUGAUACAAGAACAUCAAUUUUACAAUUAACAAAAUCAACAAAAGAAUUUGUUGAUUUUUUAGAGUUAAUUAAAGCAGAAGGUGGUGGUGAUGGACCAGAAGAUGUUUUUGGUGGAAUGGAUUUAAUAAAAACAGUUCAAUGGAGACUAAAUAGUACCAGAGUAGUUAUCCAUAUUGCCGAUGCACCAUGUCAUGGUUCAGAAUACCAUGGUUUUAAAGAUAAUCAUCCAAAAGGGGAUCCAAAUGGAAUUUCUUUAGAUUCUUUAUUGGAACAAAUUAAUAAAUUAAAUUUAAACUAUUAUUUUGGCCAUGUUGAUUUGUCAAGUACAGGUAAAAUGAUUGAUAUUUUUGAUAAAAGAAUUAGAGAAAUUUCAGAGAAUCAAAGACAAAUAAGUUCAUUCGAUUCAAAAGAUACUUCAACUAUAAGUGAAAGAAUUUUUAAAUUGGUUGAAAGGUCAAUUUCAAUUGGAAAGUCAAAAUUAACUGCAAUGUAUUUAAAACAUGGUGAAGAUGAUAAAAUAAGAAAAUACACUAUUGUAAAAGAAGAACCCGAUUAUACAAAAUUAACAUUAGUUUCAAUGCUAGAAACUAAAGCUAAAUUUCCUUCUGAUAUUUUAGCUUGUUUAUCAAGUUCUUUUGAAAUGGCAAUUAAUGAAACAAUGGUUUCAAUCAAAAUGUCAGAUCACCCAUUUUCUGAGGGUGCCUCCCGUUUAGCUUAUUACGGAAUUGAUGAACUUGGGAGAAAAAUUGUUUUAAAACAAUCUAAAUACUCUGGAAUUAGGGAAAAUUCAAAAAAAAGAUAUUUUGAAUCAAUGGAAUGUCAAAUUGUUGCAUCAAAAUUUGCAUUGGAAUUUAAUUCAUUAAGAAAAUCUGAUGAUUUUAAAUUUGCUUUUGCAAAGGUUUUACAAGUUGGAAAUUCUGAAAACCCUGUAUAUCUUUCUGUAGAACCAUUUAUUGAAGGUACAUAUGAAAAAUUCAAUUGUAAUAAUGGUUAUACCAAAAGUGGUGAUGAAUUUUCAGAAAUUACUCAAACUUUUUCACACUGGACCCAUCAUAUUUCAAAAGGUAAUGCAAUUGUUGUUGAUAUCCAAGGAGUUAAAACUCACCAAAAAGAUGGAAAACCAAGUUUCCUUUUAACUGAUCCAGCUAUUCAUUCCCGAGAUCUAUUAAAAUUUGGUUCAACUAAUUUAGGUUCACCAGGCAUUUUUAAAUUAAAUUUUUGCAUUUUGGUAGAGUUUUUUCAUUGCAUUUGA